CCGGCUCAGCUUUACUCCCGGGAAAGUCAGAACUUCGUUGUGAGCAAGGGACCUGAAGAGGACGCUGAAAGAAAGAGAAUGAGGCCAUUGCGGGAGAAGCUUCUAAGUCUGCAGUGUCAUUUCACCUGGAACUUUGGGAUCAAAGACAAGGUGAAUGCAGCACACAUCCUGCAGAAACUGGCACUGCAGGCAGAGCACACGCCCUACCACAAUCGCGGCACCCUCAUCGCAAUGAGGGCCUACCUGCUCCAGGUGCAAGGAUCCUACCAAGAGGCCUUGGAGAGCCUUGAAGAAGCAGAGGAAGCUCUGAAACAGGACCAUCCGACCUCUUUCUCCUGCCAGGUCCUGGCAGCGUAUGGAAACUACGCCUGGAUUUAUUAUCACUUAACCAAUUAUGAUAUGGUGGAGCUCUACUUGGCCAAAAUUCAUGAGAUCUGCCAAACCUUGUCCAGCCCCGAACCAUAUUCUGUUCUGAUCCCUGAAAUCCAUGCCCAGAAAGGCUGGUUCCUCCUGGCCAUGGGUUUCCGGAAUGGGGAGGAGGCCACCGAGUGCUUCCGAAUGGCCCUGGAAGGAGAUGCCUCCAAAGCAGAGUACCACGCAGGUCUGGCCAUCUCUGUCUUUGCCUCUUGGCGUACUACUUGGAGAGAUGAUCUCAAGAGGGAGGCUAAAGACUUGAUGGAAGAGAUUAUCCUUAGCCAGCCCCAAAGUUAUGAAAUCAAAGUGUAUUUGGCCAGUUUGCUUCCAAGGAGAGCCUGGCAGAGAGUCAACCACCUUGUGGAGGGCGUUGUCCAGAACAGCUUCAACCCUGAAGUCUUAAGAACAGCUGCCCAGCUGUGCCAGUCACAGUCCCUCUCCCAGGCCAUCACCAUCUUGAAGCAGGCCAUCGCCCUGGAUCCCAACUAUCACCUCCUUCACUAUGACCUCGGCAUCUGCUACAAGAACCAGAUGGAAGGAGCAUCACCAGAAGGACGUGCCGAGAUGCUGGCAGCUGCUACCGAGAGCUUCAAACGGGCUGUGGAAAUGGAUCCCCUGUUUAUAUAUCCCACAUUGGAGCUGGCAAAAGCAUAUGGAGAAACCUCCCCUGCUUACGAGGAAGAGAUUUUUCAGAACCUGAUGGAGGAGCUGCCCAGCACCAGCGAGCGAUGCCAGCAGGCCAUCUACCUGCACUGGGGAGACUUCCUCCUCCACAGGAAGGGGCUGAAGCACGAGGCGCUGGAGAUGUACAAGGCAGGCUUAGCCAUUUCUGAUCUCCAAAACCGGGAGCGGCGCCAGCUGAAGGACCGGCUGAUGAACCUGGUAAAGAUGUUCCAGGAAGACCCUGAAACCAAAGCUACCUACAGCGUUGCUCCACUUUCCUAUGGGGAAAAUCUGGAUAUAUGUUUUAGAAGAAGAAUCAUAGAAUAGCAGAGUUGGAAGGGCCUACAAGGCCAUCGAGGCCAACCCCCUGCUCAAGGCAGGAAUCCACCCUAAACCCUAACAGUAUUUAGUGCCUGCUGCUAACCAGAUUGGAUCUUUUAUACCUGCACAGCUUUUUCCAGGGCAGCCUUCUUCGUCUUCGCAAGCCACCCAGAUGGAGGGCUCCUGGCACUGGCCACCAAAAGGCAUCGUGCAGCUGUCCGGACUUUCUCUCCUUAACAGAAUUCCUCCGGCAAGAAAAAAGAAUCAAUUCCGUGAGAGGCGCAAGCUGAUUGCCCAGAAAAAGCCUCCUCUGGAAGCACCCACAGUUGCAUCAAUUCUUAUCAAGCAGGGCAAUGCAAAGCAUCAUGUGGGACUUUUGAUUGGGGCGGGGAGGGGGGGGAACUGCUUGCCUUCAUUCUCUAGUCUUCCCACAGGGGUUGACAGCAUCUACUUUGAGCAAUUAGAUCAGCUCUGCAUAUUGGUAUUGAAAGGAGACGGAUGUGUCCAAUUCUCAUGGGCUGGAGACCCUCCGUCCCCUUCUGUGAUUGGGGAACGAAGGACCUGGAGUCAGGGGGAAGCGGUCACAGGACCUGGAAAUUGAGGGGGUUUCUUCUUCCAUUCUGUUACUGGGACACUCCAGAUGUUCAGUAUUCUUCUGCGGCAAAGAAAAGCUGAUGUUAUGACUGUAAAGGAAGCACGCCCCAGCAAAGCUGGCUUUUCCACUGGAUUUUGCACAGAUCCCAAGAAUACACGCACACGGCUCCAAAACUGGAGGGUUAGGCCCAAAUUUAUUGAGGAUAAGGGUAGGAAAUACAAGAUUAGCAUUCAAUGGAUAAAACAUGCAGAUACAGAGUAGGCACCCAGACCAAGCAAACUAAAAAAUAACUAAGUUGUAAACUAUACUUCACCCAGCCAUGUGGUCAUCCAGCUCAGAACAAAAGCCCCUUGCAAAAUGUACUCUUUGUAGAUAGUUUCCCCUACUCCUUCCCCCCUCCCUUGCGAGGAUCGUUCACACCUUCCCAGAGAUGUUAAUUUUCGCUCAAGGCCGAUCGG